AAGAUCAUUAAAAUUAUUCGACUAACCCCAGAAGUUCAUCAAUACGGAAUAGCAUCAGCUCUGGAAUAGUUGUUUGUCCGUCGUUCACUCGUUCAGUUAGAAUGGAAAUUUCUACAAGAGCCCUGCAUUCAGUACUCCUAGUAGUAGCAACGUUGGUCCUUCUCAUCCCACUCGUAACGGUUGAAUGUGUCCCACUCCGAGAUGUUCGCGCCUUCGAUGACGAGCUAGUCCAGCGCCACAACAAGGACGAGCUGAUUCAACUCUUCCAGGAAGACGCCAAACUGUUUUCCUCCAGCUUCAGUAAUGACAUAAGCUCGGAGGAAUUGACAAGAAAUGUACUGCGCGAGUUGAACCCGAGCUCUACCAUGAGUCCGGGCCAGAUACAGCAAAUUCGGGAUAUCGUUCGCAAGUACACUGCAAUCAACAAUUCACCGAUGCUCUGAAAAGUUCAGCUGGAAGAUCCAGAGUUCCACAGUUGGAAGCAUGCUUUGGUAUAUAAUUAUUACUAAUAAAGGUAAUUAUCGUAAUGAUAAAGUUGUGGAAAUUAUAAAACAGAACACAGCAUUUGGUAUAACACGCUGAAUUGUGCUAAACCAAUAAAGAUUAUAUGAAGCGAUUCAAA